AAAAAACAACAACAACAACAAAAACUCAAACCAUUAUUGCCUGUAGACUGCCUAGCCCACCAUCUCCACACCUUUCCCUCUUUCCCGCCUCUUUUUAGGCCUAAGCGGGCAUCACUGGCGUAGGCUCAAGGCAUGGGGGCACACUAGAAUGGCCCCUGCACCUAUGCCAUCCUUUAUCUCCAAGUGUCAAGGCGGAAUUAUGGGUAAAAAGCAAGAAAUAAGAGAGAGAUGCAUGUGGCAACUAGUCAUCAGGAGCAGGCUGGAUGUGGGGAGGGCUUAAGGACGCAGGGACAAAGAAACAAGGGUAUUUUAGCUAUUUUCAGCCUUGUCCCUUGGCCCUGUGUGUUCCUAGGGGGUGGGUGAGGUCCGUGGGGUCGUUCCAGGGUGCUGUCAGGUCUGCAAGGUGAGUAGGGAAGUCGGAAAUGCAUUUAUGAAGCGAAAAACACAUACCUGAAACAAAGACAGUUUGGCGCGCACACUCUACCACCGCUGCCAUCUGCGUGAUAAUACAUGCCCCACCCUUUCACCCACACACGCCCAACACGCCCUCCCCAACACACCCACUGCACCCUAUCCUCACCCCCACGCCCAUAUCACCCCACUUAACCCACCGGAACCCCUAAAAUGGCUUCGUUACUGAGAAAAAUAAGGAAAUGUAAAAUGUGUAAGUGGUAUCUAGUGCGGGCUGUGUAGCCAUGAGGAGGACGCGGUGAGGUCUGGCCAGUGUUGCUUCAGCCGUGGGAGAGGGAACACGUGCGCCGCUCCGACCAUCCUCCUCCAGUUUAGCCUUUUAAAUGCCCCUCAAUACUUCACACAUAUGACCUUGCUUGUAGGGUCAGGGUGGGGGUGAGAGAGAGAGAGAGAGGUGAGAGCGGCGCGGAAUGGUUCACGAGUGUUUUUUAUAACUACCACUACUAUAACUACUACUACUACUACUACUACUACUAUUUGAAAAGGCUGGAAAAACAGUGCUUGGAUGUGUCUAGAAGGGAGUGUUGCAUUGUGGGACUCAACAGUGGACAGUGAACAGUGAAUGACAGACACGCAGGUGUGUGUGUGAGGGUUGAGGCGAGAAUGUCUGUGUGUUCCCCGACGCCUUCCUUGGAGAGUCUGUCUGGGACGCCCCUCGGCUCUCUCAUCGACUCUGACCCACCACGAUCCCUGGAGAACUCACCCCCAGCCUCCACCACAGGGUCUGUGGUUGGCCGCAGCUCUCCAGUGGCCACGGUGUGCGGGAUAUGCAACGACACCUUUGUGUUGCCGCGAGUGUUGUCGUGCCUGCACGUGUUCUGCCUGGGCUGCCUGGAGAAGGUGUGUGACGGGGGGGAGCGCCUAGUGUGUCCCCAGUGCCAGGCCGUCACCACCGCGCCGCCACCGCUGCUGCUGCCGGACUACGCCCUGCACCGCCUGCUGGAGGCGCCCGUGGACGAGCCAGCGUCCUGUACAGCCUGCAAGAGCCGCGACGUGGCGGCCGUGGCCCGCUGCCUGGACUGUGCCAAGCUCCUGUGUCCACACUGCGUCAUGGCCCACCAGUACAUGCACUGCUUUGAGGGCCAUCGCGUCAUGACGCUGGCCGAGCUGGCCCAGCGCGACGAGCGGCCCGUCACCUGCAUCCGCCACAAGGGGGAGCCCCUCAAGUACUUCUGUGUGACCUGCAGUGCGCCCAUCUGUGUGGACUGCACCCUGCUGGACCACCCCAAGGGCCUGCACGAGCACGAGGCGCUGCACGACGCGGCCCCCAAGCACCUGGACCAAAUCUGCCAUGCCAUGGAGGGUGGCCGGUCCCGCGCGGCCGACCUGCGGUCCUGCGUGAAGGCGGUGGAGGGGUCCAGCGGGCGGCUGCAGCAGCAGUACGAGAAGGCCCAGAGUGAGAUCCAGGACACCUUCGCCUUCUACACCACGGUGGUGGAGGAGCGCAAGAGUGAGCUGCUGCGGGAGCUGGACAGCCUGUACCACGCCAAGCAGGUGUCCCUCUCAGUGUUUGCCCAGAAGGCCCAGGAGUGCGUGGACAAGCUACUCUCCACCUGCGACUUUGUGGACAAGAUGCGGAAGUACGCCAACACCACGGAGGUGCUCAUGUUCCGCAAGCUGAUCGAGGGCAAGCUGGCGGAGCAGAUGGGCAAGAACUUUGACCUGGGCAUGCAGAACGUCAGCGACCUGGAGUUUGUGUCCAACUACCCCGCCAUCCAGGUGGGCGUCCGCAACACCUUCGGAUACAUCAGGUCCUCCUCAGACAUCCAGGUGGGCCCUGCCAAGCUGCCCCCCAUUGCCCGCCCCUCCCCCUCUGCCUCUGUCACCAGCAUGAACACCAUCAACACCUGCCUCAACGGACUCUCCGGCCUCACCACGCUGGCCAAUGGUGGCGGCGGCGGCCUGGCCCCCGGCCACCCCGGUGCCAUCCCUGUGGUGUCCAGCACAGCCCCGGUGCCCAACGGCAUGACGGCCGGCCUGGGCGGUGCCGCGCUGGGCUCGGCCCUCGGUGGCGGCCUGGCCAACGGUCUGGCCAACGGCUUCUCAGGGCUGGGUGGAGGUGGGGGUGGCGGAGGCGGGGGUGUGAAUGGCAACCUGAAUGGAGUGCUGGAGCGUCCGUACAGCAGCAGCCAGCUGUCCGCGCUGCUGUCCAAGCGGUUCAGCUCCACACAGUCCCUGGGGCCAUUCUCCACCAGCCUGGGCGACCUCAACAUGAACGGCCUCUCCUCCUACGAGAAGUGGAGCUGCGGCGGCGGCGAGGGGGUGUUCAGCGGUGGUGGUGGCGGCGGCGGCGGCGGGAGGGUGGGGGUGGGCGGCGGUGACCCGGUGCUGCACGACCUGUCCCACAAGCUGCUGUCGUGCUCCAUCUUUCCGCCGCGGUCGCAGAUCAAGCGGCAGAAGAUGAUCUACCACUGCAAGUUUGGGGAGUUUGGGGUGCUGGAGGGGCAGUUCACGGAGCCCAGCGGUGUGGCCGUCAACGCGCAGAACGACAUCAUUGUGGCCGACACAAACAACCACCGUAUCCAGAUCUUCGACAAGGAAGGACGAUUCAAGUUUCAGUUUGGGGAGUGCGGGAAGCGGGACGGCCAGCUGCUGUACCCGAACCGCGUGGCUGUUGUGCGGACCAGCGGGGACAUCAUCGUGACGGAACGCAGCCCGACGCACCAGAUACAGAUCUACAACCAGUAUGGACAGUUUGUGAGGAAGUUUGGGGCCAAUACACUCUGCUAUCCUCGCGGCGUGACGGUGGACCACAAGGGACGGAUCAUCGUGGUGGAAUGCAAGGUGAUGCGCGUCAUUAUCUUCGACCAGUACGGCACUGUCCUCCACCAGUUCAACUGUCCAAACCACCUCGAGUUUCCAAAUGGAGUUGUCGUUAAUGACAAGCAGGAAAUAUUCAUCUCAGACAACAGGGCUCACUGUGUCAAGGUGUUUAACUACGAGGGGCAGUACCUCCGUCAGAUUGGUGGAGAGGGCAUCACCAACUACCCUAUAGGUGUGGGGAUCAACAGCCAGGGGGAAGUACUCAUCGCUGACAACCACAACAACUUCAACCUGACCUUAUUUACGCAGGAAGGUCAAUUGGUUUCUGCGUACGAGUCGAAGGUGAAGCACGCGCAGUGUUUCGACGUGGCUCUGAUGGACGACGGCUCGGUGGUUCUGGCCAGCAAGGAUUACCGUCUCUACGUGUACCGGUAUCUGCAGGUCCCCCCCCCACACAUGUGAGGGCCUAGGGUCGCCGCCGCCGCCGCCGCAGUCGUGUCACACCUCAUCGUUAUCUUCGCUCCUUCAAAUAGUCUAUUUUUAAUACAUCGUGGUUGCAGUUGUUUAUAAUGCCUGUUCCAUUUGAAUCCAGCCCCCCACCCAGCCCCAUCGGCCCCAAGCCCCCUCCAGCCCCACCCUGUGCUCCCCCAUGCCAAAGUUUUCACAAGUUUGUCCUAGAAAGUCACCCUGUUUGCCCUGUUUAGUCAGUCCCCGAUCAGCCCCAGGUCAGCCUCGGGUCACUGGGACCUCCAGGAAUCUGCCCCAUCGCUCAGCACCGCCAGUCUUCUCUCCCGGGGACGCUGGCGUGCUGACUCUCAAGUUACCCUAGUUUUGGCAAGUUUCCGCCCCGACUGCCCUAGUUGACGCCAGCCCGGGGAACAUUUUGCCUGGAUUUUGUCAUUUCCACAGCAAAAUACAUUAGAAGAAUACCCUAGUUUGUCCAGUUAACCCAGAAAAAUGACCCUAGUUUGUCCAUUUUACCUGGAAAAAUGUCCCUAGUUUGUCCAGUUUUACCCAGAAAUGAUCCUAGUUUGGCCAGAAAAUACCCUAAUUUGUCCAAUUUACUCGAGAUUUUAUAAAUUUCUCUAUGAAUUUAUCCUUUUAUCCCCAAAUCUUAGUUCUUUGCCUCCCUUACCCCCCAGUCAGUCCCUACCCCCCCUGUCUACCCCUGAUCCAAGUCUCUUUCUCUUUCUCUCUUUCUCUAUCUCACUCGGGGCAGCCUUGCUCUUCCCCGCUAGUCAGAUCUCUCUAUCUCUCUCUCUCUUUCUCUAUCUCUAUACAUAUUGUUGUUUUUUUAAUUUAUUUUCUGUCGCCAGUUUUGUUAGCUCCGUUUUAUUAAUUUUUACAUUAUUCCCGUUUUCUUUGCUCCUUUGUUACUGAAAUGUGUGUUUUUUUAAUAUUUUGCCUCUAUUUUUCAAGAUGGCCGCCGUCGCUGCUGCCGCCACAAACCAUUAGUCAUGUAUAUAAAUGUUUUGAGUUUUACCAUUUUUUGAGUUCAGUUUUUUAUUAAGUUUAUGAUCCAAACACACACACACACACACACACACACACACACACACACACACACACAGACACAGACACACACACACACACGUUUUAAUUUCUGUUGUGCUCUUUUGAGUUAUUAGUGAUGAUGAUGAUAAUAAUAAUGAUUUUGUGUUGUGCCAUUGUGUUACGAAGCAGUUCCUUAUAUGUACACACACACGAACACACACUCUCACUCUCUCACUUUCUCACUUUCUCACUCUCUCACUCUCCCAUCCCUAUGUAUCACAUCCUGUAUAUUUUUAUUUAUUAAUUUAUUACCAAGAGACUUAAGAAAUUGAAAUAUUCUUUUGAAGGAGGAGGAGGAGGAGGAAGAAGAAGGAAAGGAGGAGGAGGAGAAGGAGAAGGAGGAGGAGGAGGAGGAGGAGGAGGUAGUGUCAGCCUCCAUUGUUCUGCAUUUGUUAGUUAGUAAGGGUGAUUUGCAUGCGAGCUUCUGUCAGUUGGUGGCUCUUAAGGGUGUCAGCCAGGCAUCCUUCAAAGUCACUACUAGUUUGUAAGACGUUGUAGAGUUGUUGUUUAGUUAUCAAAGGAACCAACAUGUGUACCACUACUACUACUACUACUAUUACUACUGCUACUGGUACUACUUCGACUGCUACUACUGUUAGAGGAAAAUGUCUGAUUCUUCUACUACUACUACUACUACUUCUACUGCUCCAGCCCUAGUACAUUUGGGUUAGGAAGCUAUGCCAUAACUACUACUACAACUACUACUUUGAAAUCUCACGUCUGUCUCUCUCUCUUUCUUGCUCUCUCAAAUGUAAACAUCUUUUUAAUUUUUACAAUACUCAUCUUUAUCAAUAAGUUAUCUCUAUCAUGGCUUUCUAUCUCAACUGGACUGGCGAUGACCAAUGCUGAUGAUGAUGAUGAUGAUGUUUCGGUCGUGUCUUUGCAAUGUUCUGUGUCAUCUCUCGGUCUUCAAAAAUUUAGUGGCUUGGUUCGGCCGUCAAGUGUCAGUGGGUGUUUUAAAAUGGAGUCUCGUUUUUAUAUAAAUUUUUUUCAUUUUUUGAGUUUUUUAGAGGUUUUGAGGUGUUUGUGUGUGUUUAUUGGUGUUUUUUAAUGAGUGUUGGUGGUGUUGCUGGUGUUUGCAGUGGUGUUUUUUGCAAGAUUUUGAAGUUAUAAAGGUUUUUCAAGGGUGUUUUUUGUGUUUCGAGUGACAGCGAUCUUUCUAUAUGUUUCCAAAGCUACACUGGAAGAUAUUACGAUUUUUCAUGUUUCCAGUCACAGCCUAACAAUUUUUCUCUAUUUUCAACACUUACUGGGUCUCUGAAGGGUAUUUUUCAUCAAUUUAGCAGUUUUAGAAUGUUUAAUGGUGUUUUGGCAGAGUGUUAAGCAUUGUUGUUAGUUAAAGCCACACUCCUACAGCUGCCAAACUGUCUCUCUCUUUCACUGCUUCAGGACAUUGUUGCCAGUUAAAAGAGGCACUUCGAGGAGUUUUCUUGUUCUGGUAAUAGUGUACAUGCAUUGUCUCGGCUCCAGGGACGCUUAGAACCAAUAUUUCAAACACCGCAUGCAUUAAAAAAACGGUUAAAACAAAAAUAUUCACGUUCGUUAUUUUUCCAAGCGACGACUGGGAAAACACCCUUGAAAACUUGACAAAAUUUCAAACACAGGCAAGGAAAACGGUUAAAAUAGACAUUGAUUGACGUUUAUAAUUUUCCCAAGCAAGAACUGGGGUAAAAAAACACCCUUGAAAACCAAACAGUAUUCCAAACACCAUAAAAAAGUGAAUUAGAGGCAGAAAUCAACAUAAAACAGCCUUGGGAAUGCAAAACAACACAUGGAAACUAAAAAUAUCAUCAUUCAAGGCAAAACACAGCCAAACCCAGCCACGCCAAGCCACGCCAAGCCAGGAUAAGCUAGAUUAGACCAGUUUUUGAGACCAGAACAUUGUAAAACUGACCCAAAUAGUUACAUGUUAUGAAAUACCAUCCAGACACACUCACUUGUUAAACCUCCCCACACCGACACUGCUGGACAGAAAAAUACUUGUCUUUAUAUCAAAAUUUGCUGUUUAUACUCUCAAUUUUACACGGCCAGCCCCCUGUGGACCCCCGGGGAGGCUGGUGCUACCCCUGGGGCCAUCCUCUGUGGGCUGGCUUUCUGUGGUCCGAGAUAUUUGUGCCGGACCGCCUCAAGAAUGUGACGCUGGGUUUGUUAAAUGGAUCGCAAUGGUGUUUGUAUGUUUGUGUGUUUGCUCGAGUUGUUUGAAGCUUUGCGGGUUUUUAAAGCUUGGUGUGGGACUUCUGGCAAGCUUACCAGUUUAGGGUGAGCUUGAGUUUGUGAGCUUUUAUUAGGAAAACUUGUUAAUAAUUCAAGCUUGCCAGAACAUCGCUCCCCAAGCUUGCACGAUCUGAAGAACAUGUUACACCAAAGCUUGAAACAACUCCAGUUGCACUAAAGCUUAGGAGAACAAGUUUUUCGAGCUUAGAGGAACUUCCAGCUAAGUUAGAGUUAAGCUUAAGAGAACUCAAGUCUUCUCAAGCUUGCAUGAACUUAACUAACCCAAAAAUGUCAAGUUCUCAAGCUGAUAUUAACUUGAAAGACCAAAAAUAUUAAGUUCUGAAGCUUUUUGAACUUAGUGACCAAAUUUAAGCUUGAGUGACACCUAAGCUUACUGAUUCUUAAGUUCUCAAGCUUGUAUGAACUUAAAAGGCCAAAUAUUGGAAAUUCUCAAGCUGAAAUGAACUUGAAAGGCCAAAUUUAAGCUUGUGAGGGCUUGAGUGACACUAAAGUUUACUAAUCCUCAAGUUUUCAAGCUUACAUGAACUUAAUAAGUAAAAAAUCUUAAGUUCUCAAGCUGAUAUGAACUUAUAGACCAAAUUUAAGCUUGUGAGGGCUUGAGAUUCACUGAGCUUAGUAACCCUUCAAGUUCUCAAGCUGAUAUGAACUUGAAAGACCAAAAUUUAAGCUUGUGAGGGCUUGAGACAUACCUGAGCUUAAUUACGUCCUCAAGCUUAAGAGUGGAUCCUUUCAGCUUGACAAUCAAAGCCAUUGGUGAGGACACUAGCAAACCUGUUAUACCACCGCCAUCACUGCCACCACCACCACCACUGCCCGAGGUGGUGGUGGUGGUGGUGGUGGCGGCCUUGAUACACGAGACAAGGGGCCAAAUUUGCCAUGAGGUGAUAAGUGAUAUUAACUGCUACUACUGCUACUACUACUACUACUACUGCUACUACUGGACGUGAUGUUUUGAUGUCUCCUCUUAGCAAUUUCUGUGUGUUGAAGUGCGUGUUGCUCGAUUUAAUGUGGGAAAAGAUGAUUUGUGUUUUUUCGUGUGUUUUGAAGUGCGUGUGAAGAAAACGGGACAUCAGUGAUCCUAAACGCAAAGAAAACGUGUGUAUUUGUUGUUUUUUUGUGUAUGUUUUAACACGUACAUGAGAAAACACAAUUUAUUUUUUUUUAACUGAUCAAACGCAUGGAAACGAAAGAAAAACGAGGAAAAAACACACAAACGCACUCAGAUUUUCCACAAACACCAGAAACCCCCCCCAAAAAAAAUCGGAGACAAAACAAAACCACAAUUUUGUACGUUUUGAACUGUAUCACCACGACUUGAUAGGAUAGUAGGACGUGUGUGUCUUCUUGAAACACAUCUGUAAUUACCAAUCUGUCCCCUGACCCUUAAAAAUCUCCCCCAGCCUCCUGUGCCCCUCCAAGAGCCCCCAGCGCCUUCCUUAGAUAGUGUAGCGAGGUGUUUAGGUGUAUCUGUUAGGCACCCUCGUGAUUAUUGCUAUUUUUUGUACUGCUUCAAUAUACGAUGUUCUUAACCAGCUCAACCCUUUCUCAAAACGACCGAAUCUUGUCUAAUGUCUAGGCUCUCCCUUUUUGUACCUCCAUGCCGUCUUGUGACUUUAUCCUAGCCCCCCACAGCCCCCGACAGCCCCCCGACACACCCCUAGGCCUUCAUCAGCCCCCUACACCUCUUCCCACAGCCCCCACAGCUCCCACAGCCCCGUACUGCGCUCUCCAGCUCCUCCUGUCCAAUUCUUGUUCACUUACCUCUGUCCUUGUUCCUAUGCCAUCCACCACCACCACCACCACCACCACCACCACCACCACCACUACUACUACCACUACCACCGUCUUCAAUGCCUUAUGUCUCCAGUGUUGUGCCGUGUUAUGCCAGGUCAAAGCGAGGUCAGCUCUUCUCCUAUUGUAACCUUACCUAACCUAACCGUACCUAACCUAACCUUACCUAAUCUAACCUUACCUAACCUAACCUAACCUAACCUUACCUAAUCUUACCUAACCUAACCUAACCUAAGAAGACCAAUUUAUGAAAGAGAAUCACAUUUCUUUAGAAUAUAAAAAUGACCAAUUAUGUGGCGGUGUGUACGUGUGUGUGUGUGUGUGCGUGUGUGCUUGUGCGUGUGCGUGUGUGUGUGCGCGCCGCCCUUGUAGGAGAAGCUGUUUCAAUCUCGUUUGUAAAAAGAAUAUUUUUUUAUUUAAUACAAAUUUUUUUUUUAUUUCUUUGUUGUUGUUUGGUGGUAUGGGACAAUGGUUGUGUUUGUUUGUUUGCUUGUUUGUUACCACAUGUACUUAGGGGGUCUGUGUACCCCCCCACCAACCCUCCACCACACCCUCACCCCCCUUACCCCUACCACAUGCUUCCUGUCCUGCCCCCCUCUCCCCAACCACCACCACCACUGCCACACACACACACACACACACACACACACACACACACACACACACACACACACACACACACACACACACACACA